AUGUUUACACCAAUCAUCAAGUCUGUACUCCAAUCUCUUUUUCCAUUCAUCAAUUAUCAAAAGUUCAUUCCUAAUGAUUAUAAUUUCUCUCUCUUACUCAUUGUCCUUUCUUUUCUCUCUCACGGUUCCUCUUUUCUUUCUUUAUUUUCUUUACACAAAUUCAAUUUCAAACACGGUCUGGAUGCAACAGAGAUAUAUACUUUCUUCUUCUCUUUUGUUUCUCUUUUCUUUCUUCAAACACAGGCUGUUGGUUCUCUCAACGCUUGUUUUAUGGCCAAAAGAGGAUUUAAAGUCUCACUUUAUGAACUACGAAAAGAUAUGAGAAAGGAAGAGCAUGUAAAAGGUCGAAGUAUCAAUUUGGCUUUGUCAGUACGGGGAUUGGCAUCCCUUGAGGCAGUGGGAUUAAAAGAAAAAAUCAUGCCUUAUGGAAUCCCCAUGUAUGCACGAUUGAUCCACAAUAAAGAUGGUACCAAGAAAAGAAUUCCUUAUGGGAAAAGUCACCAGUUCAUUUGUGUUUUUGUUCUUUGCUUGUCUCUUAUUUCUUUUGUGGCCAUGUUGUUCUUUCCUUUUUUUCUCCUUUUUUGUCUAUUAGCUUUUCUCUUGAUUCUCACCAUGCUUUCUCUCUCUUGGUUUGUAUGUUUGUAUGUAUCUCUUUCUCUGUUUUUCUCCCUAUCUCUUGAUUGUCUAUCUUUCUUGAUUCUCACCAUGCUGUCUCUCUUUGGUUUUGUAUGUUUGUAUGUAUCUCUCUUUCUCUGUUUUCUCCCCAUCUCUUGA